AUGUGGAACGACGAGGAUAACAACCCGUACGGCGCAUUCGAUAACGAGGCGCAUCUCUCCGAGUCCCUGCAUUCGGCAACUCUCUCUCCCACUCUUUACGACCGCGAAUAUACCCCUCCCUCUCCCUCUAGCCGAUCAUCCACCGACAAUCCCCCGGACUUUCUCUCACAACAACAGGAUCUCAGCGACGAUGACGACGCCCCAUACGUCAACCAGCAAGCGGGUCAUGGCUACCUCCGCAAAAAUGUCUACGACAGCCGGAUAGAGCAGAUUCUGUACGAAAACCCGGAGAUGCCGAUCCUCAUCACCGAUGCCGGGAAGAACCACGAAGGCGGCGGCAGCUUCAUCGUGUACACGAUACGCACGGGGGAUCUGGAGGUCCGCAGACGGUAUUCCGAGUUCGCGUCGCUACGACAAACCCUCGUGAAUCUCCACCCAACCCUCAUCGUCCCGCCUAUCCCCGAGAAGCAUACGAUGGCCGAUUAUGCCGCCAAGCCCACCAAAGCCAAGGAAGACACCUCCAUUAUCGACCUCCGCAAGCGAAUGCUGGCCGUGUUUCUGAACCGUUGUCGCCGGAUGAAGGAGGUGCGCGAGGAUGGGGUCUGGUGGAGGUUCCUGGACCCCAAUGUCAGCUGGAGCGAAGUACUUCAUUCACACCCCGCGUCGUCGGUGCCCAAGAACAACUUGAAAGCCCCUCCUCUCGACCCCGCCAAUCCCACCCCCGCUCAUGCCUGGCUACCGGUGCCAUCGGCCUCCGCGAAGCUCAAGUCGGGGGGUGCCGGGGGUCCCGCGCCAGCUGCAGCCACUGAAACCCCAGGCCCGGACCUGCUUGGCCGCUUCCCGCCGGAGUCGCAGAAACUGAGUGAAAAGGAGUUGGAUCCGUACUUUAUCAAUUUCGAGGCGUCUACGCGUGAGCUUGAGCUGUUGCUGCAAGGAAAUAUCGAGAAAGUCAACCGUCGCACGUUGGCCCAUCUUUCAUCCCUCUCCGCCGACUUGAUGGAACUCGGAGCACGGUAUAAUGGGUUUUCCUUGUCAGAACCAUCUCCGACCGUGGCUGCGGCCAUUGAACGAGUGGGUCAAGCCGCCGAUACAUCCUACAUUGAGACCGAGGAACUAUCCGCUUCGCUGAGCGCCAGCUUUGCCGAGCCCAUGCGAGAGAGCGCACAGUUUGCCAGCGUGGUGCGCAGCGUGCUACGGUAUCGGGUGCUCAAACGGGUGCAAGAAGACAUGACGCGCGAUGAGCUAGUCAAGAAGAAGACGCUACUUGACUCACUGGAGCGCAGUGAAAUGGAGGCGAAACGCAUCGAGCAGUAUCUCAACCGGACGUCCCCUCCGGGACCGCCCACGAGGACCCAGCGGUCGCUGUCGACGUCCUCGGCCGUGAGCGCUCCAGGGGGCACCGAGGGCGAGGCCCGUCCGGCUAGCUCUGAGGACGGUGCAUCCAUUGACUCGGACUUUCCUCCUACGCACGGGGAAAAUAUUAACUCACAUCCUCCACAAAGCCCCGCGCUGCGACGCCCGGAAUUCGGGUCCUCGUCUCCGGCACAUCGCAAAACGUCGAGUGGGACUUUUGUGGCGAACAAGAUCUUCGGUCGGAUCAGCCACGCGGUCCAUGGCUUUGUGGAUGUUGAUCCAGAGCGCACACGGCGCGAUCAGAUUGGGAAGACGAAAGAGAGCUUGGUGCAGUUGGAGCAAGCCCUUGGGGUGUCCGAAAAAGACGUCAAAGAUGCCAGUGCCGGUGUGUUGAAAGAUCUCAAGCGCUUCCAGAAAGACAAAGAGAUGGACCUCCGGCGGUAUAUGGUUGCAUACGCGCGGUGCCACCUGGACUGGGCGCGCAAGAACCUGGAGACCUGGACGGAGGCCAAGGAUGAGGUGGACAAGAUCGUAGUUCGGUAGUUAUGAUAUUGUUAUGUGAUAUUGGAGCGCUGGGCGUUGGUUCACUUGUUGACUGGCAUCUCGGCCAUGUAGAUCCGACUG